AUGCCAGGUUCUAUCGCUGUUGUUGGUUCCUUGAACAUUGACUUCAUCACUCGCACACCUCGCGUGCCAGCAGGAGGUGAGACGCUUGAAGCCAGCUCUUCGGAUACUGGCUUCGGUGGUAAAGGCGCAAACCAAGCAGUAGCAUGUGCUAGACUGUCCCGCAAUAGCGAUGGCUCAACACCUGCUGACAGCAAAUCCAUCAAGGUCAGCAUGGUUGGCUUCGUCGGCGAAGAUUCGUUUGGUUCAGACUUCAUUUCUGCCAUGAAAGAAACCUUUAUCGACACUACUCAUAUUCAAAAGGUCGCUGGUCAAAAGACUGGAAUCGCCAAUAUCAUUGUGGAAGAGAAGACUGGUGAGAACCGCAUUCUCUUCUGCCCGAAUGCCAACUUCUCCGGAGCUGGAGAAGUCAAGGAUCUGGUACCUGAAGAUGCAGACGUCGUGGUCUUCCAAUUGGAGAUGCCUCUUGCUCAGGUUGUGCACAACAUCAAGCUUGCACACUCCAAGGGCAAAUACGUUAUCAUGAACCCAGCACCUGCACAAACUUUGCCCGAGGAUCUAUAUCAAUACAUUGACUGCCUGAUCAUGAACGAGAGCGAAGCCGACAUUCUCCGCGAAGCCAAAGAAGAGUUGAAGGAUGAGGAUCUGCCCCAAAUCUGUGAAUCCUUCUUCCAACGUGGUGUCCCUGACAUGGUCGUCAUCACUCUUGGAGCCAAGGGCGUUUACCACUCUGCCAAGUCGAGAAGCUCAGGACAUACACCUGGCCGCAAGGCGAAGGUUGUUGAUACCACCGCAGCUGGUGACACUUUUGUUGGUGGUCUCGCUGUCGAGAUCGCGAAGAACGGAGGCGAGACUCCCGAAGCGCCCGAGAAGAUCAUCGAAUUCGCCAACUCGGCAGCGGCACGUACGGUAGAGAAGCCCGGAGCCAUGGCUGCGAUUCCCUGGUUCAAUGAGCUGUAG